GUUCUGCGCCUUUCCUGUGGUGCAUAUCAUGCAUCUUUCGACUGUGCAUAGCCCGCACUUGCGCAUAUCGUGCGCUGCGCAUAUUCUGCGUAUAUUUUUGGGUGUGCAUAUCGUGCAUUUUCCACUGUGCAUAGCAUGCACUGCGCAUAUCCGCGCAGUGGAGAUACGACCAGUAGCGAUCACCUAGAAGACAGAGUCUCAGCGAGUGUAGAGACACAGGAGCUGUAUCAUUAGCUGUACCUAGAAGACAGAGUCUAUGGUACAAGUCAUAAGUAAAGGUCAUUAGAUCGUAAG